AACCCCUUCCGAACAAAAAAAAAAAAUAGAAAAACACAGCCACUCCCUCUCCCUUCCCUCCGCCUCCUUGAAGCCGCAGCCCUCACCCGCCCAAACAACACAAGUUUCCUUACACCACCCAAACUUUCUCUUUCUUCUUCUUCUUCUUCUUCCUAGACGUAGCUGCAAACCCUAGUCUUCCUCUCUAUCUCUCUCUCUCUCUCUCUCUCUCUCUCUCUCUGUUUCCUUCCACUGAAACUUCGUCGGCACAAUGUCUACCUUAGAAAUCGAAGCUCGAGAUGUCAUCAAGAUUGUGCUUCAAUUUUGCAAAGAGAAUUCUUUGCACCAAACGUUUCAAACGUUGCAGAGUGAGUGCCAGGUAUCUUUGAACACUGUUGACAGCGUUGAGACAUUUGUUUCUGACAUAAAUAGUGGAAGGUGGGAUGCAAUUUUGCCUCAAGUGGCUCAACUUAAGCUUCCCAGGAAUAAAUUGGAGGAUUUGUACGAGCAGAUUGUACUUGAAAUGAUUGAACUUCGAGAAUUGGAUACUGCUCGUGCUAUCUUAAGACAGACUCAGGUAAUGGGUGUAGUGAAGCAAGAACAACCUGAAAGAUUCUUGCGACUUGAGCACCUCCUUGUCAGAACCUAUUUUGAUCCAAAUGAGGCUUAUCAAGAGUCAACAAAAGAAAAACGGCGUGCUCAAAUUGCUCAAGCACUUGCUGCGGAAGUUAGUGUGGUGCCACCAUCAAGAUUAACAGCUCUAAUUGGUCAGGCUCUGAAGUGGCAGCAGCACCAAGGAUUGCUUCCCCCAGGAACACAGUUUGACUUAUUUCGGGGAACAGCUGCUAUGAAACAAGAUGUGGAUGACUUGUAUCCAACAACUCUUUCACACACAAUAAAGUUUGGGACAAAAAGUCAUGCAGAAUGUGCCCGGUUCUCACCAGAUGGGCAGUUUCUUGUCUCUUGCUCGGUUGAUGGAUUUAUUGAGGUGUGGGAUUACUUAAGUGGGAAACUCAAGAAGGAUCUUCAGUACCAGGCUGAUGAAAGUUUCAUGAUGCACGAGGAUGCUGUCCUCUGUGUUGAAUUUAGCCGAGAUUCAGAGAUGCUUGCAUCUGGGUCACAAGAUGGAAAGAUCAAAGUUUGGCGUAUUAGGACUGGGCAGUGCUUGCGCCGUCUUGAACGUGCACAUUCAAAGGGUGUCACCAGUGUUUCCUUCUCUCGUGAUGGAAGCCAGUUACUUAGUACAUCAUUUGACAGCACUACAAAAAUCCAUGGCCUAAAAUCUGGGAAGGCGUUGAAAGAAUUUCGUGGACAUUCAUCUUAUGUAAAUGACGCAAUCUUUACAAGUGAUGGAGCUCGUGUAAUUACUGCAUCUAGCGAUUGUACAGUCAAGGUCUGGGAUUUGAAGACUACAGACUGUCUGCAGACAUUCAAGCCACCUCCUCCUUAAGAGGGAGGUGAUGCUUCUGUGAAUUCUGUUCAUCUUUACCCAAAAAAUACAGAUCACAUCAUUGUAUGUAAUAAGACGUCAUCCAUUUAUGUCAUGACACUUCAAGGGCAGGUUGUGAAGAGCUUUUCAUCUGGUAAAAAGGAAGGUGGAGAUUUUUUGUCAGCUUGUGUGUCACCUAAAGGGGAAUGGAUUUACUGUGUUGGUGAAGAUAGGAAUAUGUACUGUUUCAGUCACCAAUCUGGUAAACUAGAGCAUCUAAUGAAGGUCCAUGAAAAGGAUGUAAUUGGCAUCAGUCACCAUCCUCACAGGAAUCUUGUCGCCACAUAUAGCGAAGACUGUACACUGAAGUUAUGGAAGCCUUGAAUCUCUGGUGACUUGUAUGUACUGUAUGUAAUUUCGUUUCCGGCUGCGUGAAGUUAGAUUGCUGACAUGCAUAUUUGGUUGGCAUUUGAGAAACAAAGUAUAAGCGGUGUCUGCAAAAACUCACUCAGACCCAGAGCCGAUUAGGAUGUUGGAUUCGUAACAUUUACUCAUCGAUCAAUCAUGGUUUGGACAUAUUGUAUAGCUUUUUACUAAGCAACAUCUGUAAUUUUGAUUCAUAACUCGUAUUCGUGUUAUGCACUCUAGAACCAAGAUUUGGCAUAAUCUGUUUUCGGUUAAAUCGAAUCAAGUGCUUAAUUUUAUA